AUGUAUGGCGGCCAGACCAGUAAAAGUAACGAAGCCAGCCAGACAUUCAAGCAAGAAACAGAACAACAUUUGGUUAAAUUAAAUGAGGAUCGUUCAGAACUAGCCCGUAACCUUCAAGAAGCUCAGAAUAAACUUAAGACUUUGGAAGAGGGAGCGGCGAUCUUGGGUCAAGCAACGGCGCACCAGUCUGAAGAAGUUUCUAAUCGCAUUACAGCACUCGAAGCCGAAUUAGCUUCAAUGACUGAGAAAUUUAAAUUGGACGAAGAUUCUGAAGCGAAAGCCCGCGAAGAAGCAUUAGAUCAAGUAAAGAAUGCCAAGGAAGCACAAGAAAAGUACGAAAGGGAAUUGAUGCAGCACGCAGUGUGA